AUGAAGAAAUCUACCUUCUUCAAACUAGUAUCACUGUUAUGUUUAAUACUAGUCAUAAUACCUAUAUCAUUAGUACCGGCUGAAGACACAACAGCAACAGAGGAUGUUGGUACAGUUAUUGGGAUUGAUUUGGGAACAACAUAUUCUUGCGUUGGCGUACACUUGAACGGAAGGGUUGAAAUAUUAGCCAAUGACCAAGGACAUCGUAUCACGCCUUCUUUUGUAGCUUUUACUGAUGAUGAACGUUUAGUUGGUGAUGCAGCUAAAAAUCAAGCUGCAAAUAAUCCUGAAAACACCAUAUUUGAUGUAAAACGUUUAAUAGGAAGAAGAUUUCUUGAUAAAGAUGUUCAAAACGAUCUCAAACAUUUCCCAUUCAAAGUCAUAGAUAAAGAUGGCAAACCUGUCAUUUCUGUUAAAGUUAAAGGCGAAGAUAAACUUUUUACACCUGAAGAAAUUUCUGCCAUGAUAUUGGGUAAAAUGAAAGAAAUUGCAGAGUCGUAUCUGGGUAAAAAAGUUACUCAUGCUGUUGUCACAGUCCCAGCUUAUUUCAAUGAUGCUCAACGUCAAGCAACAAAAGAUGCUGGUGUUAUAGCAGGACUUAAUGUCAUGCGUAUUGUAAAUGAACCAACAGCUGCUGCAAUAGCAUAUGGACUUGAUAGAUCGAAAGGUGAACGUCAAAUUCUUGUCUAUGAUCUUGGUGGUGGUACCUUUGAUGUUUCAUUAUUGUCAAUUGAUGAUGGUGUGUUUGAAGUUUUGGCAACCGCUGGUGAUACUCAUUUGGGUGGUGAAGAUUUUGAUAAUAGAGUAAUCGAACAUUUUGUAAAAUUAUAUAAAAAGAAAAAUAAGGUUGAUGUCACAAAAGAUUUGAAAGCAAUGGGUAAAUUAAAGCGCGAAGUUGAAAAAGCCAAACGUACAUUAUCAUCUCAAAUGUCAACUCGUAUUGAGAUUGAAUCGUUUUUUGAUGGCAAGGACUUCUCUGAAACAUUGACUCGUGCAAAAUUUGAAGAAUUGAAUAAUGAUCUUUUCCGUAAAACAAUAAAACCUGUUGAAAAAGUCAUGAAGGAUGCAAAUGUUGAAAAAUCGGCUGUUCAUGAUAUUGUUUUGGUCGGUGGUUCUACACGUAUUCCCAAAGUUCAACAACUUCUCGAGGAAUUCUUUAAUGGUAAAAAAGCCUCAAAAAAUAUUAACCCUGAUGAAGCUGUUGCCUAUGGUGCAGCUGUUCAAGGUGGCAUUCUUUCUGGUGCUGAAAAUGUUGAAGAUCUCUUAUUAGUAGAUGUUUGUCCCUUGACUCUUGGAAUUGAAACAACCGGUGGAGUUAUGACAAAAUUGAUUCCUCGUAAUACUGUCAUUCCAACCAAAAAAUCACAAAUCUUUUCAACUGCGGCUGAUAAUCAACCAGUUGUAUUGAUUCAAGUGUUUGAAGGUGAACGUUCCAUGACAAAAGAUAAUAACUUACUUGGUAAGUUUGAAUUAACAGGAAUUCCACCAGCACCACGUGGUAUACCUCAAAUUGAAGUUACUUUUGAAAUUGAUGCCAAUGGUAUCAUGAAAGUUUCUGCAGCUGAUAAAGGUACAGGAAAGUCAGAAUCUAUAACAAUUACAAAUGAUAAAGGACGUCUUUCAAAAGAAGAUAUUGAACGAAUGGUUGAAGAAGCUGAACAAUUUGCUGAAGAAGAUAAAAUACAAAAAGAAAGAAUUGAAUUAAAAAACCAACUUGAAAAUUAUGUUUAUACAACCAAAAGUCAAAUAGAAGAUAGCGAUAGUGAACUUGGAAAGAAAAUCAGUGAAGAAGAUAAGAAAACCAUCAAAGAUGCGAUUAAGAAAACUAUUGAUUGGCUUGACGAAUUUUCAAAUUCUGCUACUAAAGAAGAUCUCGAAGAAAAAAUAAAUGAACUACAGGCUAUUGUAAAUCCAAUUACAAGCAAAUUGUAUUCAUCAUCAGAUGAACAACCAACAACCAGUGACGAGGAUGAAUUACCAACACAUGGAGAAUUAUAA